AUGGCUGUGGUUAGUGGAACCUUCCGGAUGGUGUCAGAGGAGGAGCAGGCGCUCAGGUCCAAGUUGGAGCGCCUUACAGUCAAGGACCACGGGCCAGUGUUUGGAACCUGUGCCAAGCUGCCAGACCAUACCAUGCAGAAGGCUAAAGAUGAGCUGAACGAGACAGACGAGAAGCGGGUGUCUGCUGUGAAGGAGGUGCGUGGAAUCAUGAAGGAGAAGGCCGACGGAGGCGACGACCUGGCCAAGGCGGUGCAGGACACCUUUGGGGAGAAACCCGACUUGAUACUGGUCCGCUUCAUCCGCGCCAGGAAGUACGACGUGGCCAAAGCCUAUGACCUUAUGAAGGGUUACGUGCGGUUCAGGAGGGAUUAUCCAGAGCUGUUUGAGAACCUGACACCGGAGGCUGUACGCAGCACCAUCGAGGCCGGCUACCCCGGCAUCCUGUCCAGCAGGGACAAGUAUGGCCGCGUGGUGCUGCUCUUCAACAUCGAGAACUGGGACUACGAGGAGAUCACAUUCGACGAGAUCCUGCGUGCCUACUGUGUGAUCCUGGAGAAGUUGCUGGAGAAUGAGGAGACUCAGAUCAACGGCUUCUGUAUCAUUGAGAACUUCAAGGGCUUCACCAUGCAGCAGGCCUCAGGGAUCAAGCCCACUGAGCUCAAGAAGAUGGUGGACAUGUUGCAGGAUUCCUUCCCCGCCCGUUUCAAAGCUGUGCACUUCAUCCACCAGCCCUGGUACUUCACCACAACCUACAACGUGGUCAAACCUCUCAUGAAGAGCAAGCUGCUGGAGAGAGUGUUUGUUCACGGCGACGAGCUGGAAAACUACUACAAGGAGUUCGACACCGACAUCCUCCCUGCCGAGUUUGAUGGGAAAGGCCCCAAGUAUGACGGGAAGGCAAUGGCAUCCAAGCUCUUCGAGUAGACGCCCGCUAUUUUUGUCAAGCAAGCCCAUAGACUGUGGAGACUCAACGUCAAUUCUAGUGGAGCGGUCGCAGGAGAAACAGAAAUGUGUGGAAGAUGUGUGUGUGCAUAUGUGUGUGUGUGUGUGUGUGUGUGUUAGAGAGAUGAGAUGACAAUGUCGUUUUCCAGGCGUUAUGUUUAUAUUCACGUCCUGAUAAAGUGCAGCCAGAACAGGAAGUUAUGGUAUUUACCUUUAGGCUGGUAGGGGUUGAACUCCCACUGGCCCCUGAAGACAAGACCUUUUGCCCUUAAGCGUAAUGUCAACUGGAAGAAACUUGGUUCCUUAGAGGAAUU